GUUCUGUGUCCCGUCGAAUCGUAAACAAACCCUUUGGAUUUCUAUUAGCAAACAAGCGCGAUUUCAUCAAAUUUCGAUCAAAAUGGGCGACCGAUACAACAUUCACAGUCAACUGGAGCAUUUGCAGAGCAAAUAUAUCGGUACGGGACAUGCAGACACCACGAAAUACGAGUGGCUGACGAAUCAACACCGGGACUCGCUGGCCAGCUACCUCGGACAUUGUGAUAUGCUCAGCUAUUUCGCGGUUGCCGAAAACGAAUCCAAGGCCCGUAUCAGAUUCAACAUAAUGGAAAAGAUGCUGCAGCCAUGUGGACCACCUCCAGAGAAACCGGAAGAUUAGAAUUUGAUCCUCUCCUUGUAAGCUCAAUAAACAGCACCACAAUUGGACUUGUA